AAAAAAAUAAAAAUGAUUUCUCCUGGAUAAGGCCAUUAAUGCUCUGUGCAUAUCUAUGUCUGUAUCUCCUUCGUCCUCCCAAUUCAAAUUUUAGAACGCAUCAUUUCCUCUCUCUUCUUUCUUGCUGUAGUCACUCGAGGUAAAUUUACUGUUUUAAUUUUUCUGGGGAAGAGUUAAAUUUUACUGCCGCUGAAAUUAGGAUUUGGGAUUGAAAAUUUUGCUGAAUUUGAUGAUAUGGGUUUAUUUUCUUCUUUACUGUUCAAGGGUAUGAAUGAUGGGAAUUAGGGUUCUCCAAUUCGAUUUUAUUAAGUUAUAAUUAGCAUCUUAUAUCAGUUGCAAACUUUUAACAUCCAGUAAUUUGUUGCGUGUUUCAUUUCAUUGAAAAUUGAGAAUCAUAUUGGUUGUUCAUAGAUUGUAGCAAGAUAAGAUUCAAAAAGUUGAGUUUGAGUGGGAAAAAUGGUGGCAUUGGCGAGUUUGCCUUAUCCCUUUGCCACCUUUAUGACAUACAAGGCUCACAAAUUAUCUAGAACUACCAUGAUUCGAUCCUCGAUUCGUGUACCCUCAUCGUCUUUGAGGCGUACAAAGAGGAAAAACUACUUGCGUCCUAAGAUCCUUAAAACCUUUACUAAACCCUAUAAUAUUCCUCUGGAAGAUCCAAUAGUAGCCCCCAUUCAGCCAAUUGAACCAAAUAUUGAGGUUUCGAUAGAGCCUACAGCUGAGGAAUUGGUCUCUAGCUUUGUCGAAGAAUUGGAGACGACAGUUGGUGGAGAUGGUUCUGGGAUGAGUCAAGUAGAGGUUGUUAGAGAUUUGGAAGCUCGAAAUUCGGUGGGUUUUGGUGGAUUUUCAGGUCCUACCGUUGUUAGGAUUGUUGGUUCAUUUGUGGGACUUUUUAUUCUACAGACAGUUGUAACUAUUUGGGUAACGAGUUCUGAUAGUUACAAAGAGAAGGAUGGCAAUUUGGUAACGGGGGAUCAGAAAAAGGAUCCUAGGUUGCAGAUGCGAGAAGCAGAAGUGGGGAUUGAUGGGAAUGCUUUUAUUAGGAAUUGGGCUGGUAUGAAUGUGGAUGAGGCAGAAAUGAAAGCUAAGAUUACUGAAAUAAGAAAGAUGGCAUCGGAGGUCAGAGAGGCUGAGAAAAAGAAGAAGGUAGAGAAUGGUGAAGCAGAUUUUGAGGAUGUGAGUGAUGAUGAAGAUGAUAGUGAGGAUGUUGAGAGUGAUAGUUCUAAGAUCAAUAGUGGUAUUGUGAAGGAAGUUGAUGGGCGGUUGAGUAAGUUGAGGAAAAGGUAUGCAGCACCCCCACUGAAUGUUAAUUUAUUGAAUAAAUCAGGGGAGGCUUGGAAGGAGGGGAAAAAUGAGGGUUUGGAUGAUAAAAAACAAGACAAUAUGUUGUUUGUUAAGAAGAAGGAUAAAUUUAGAGGUCAAGUGGCUACAACCAAAGAUAAACCUAAAGGAUUUCAAGUUACAAAUGGUGUAAGAGAAAAGCAGAGUAAUAUGGAUGAUGAGAAACUAGUUGAGAGAACUGAAAUUAGUAAUGAUGUAAACGGGAAAAUGAAUGUUCUUGAUGGCACGGUUUCUGAAAAGAACGAUAAUAGUAUGGAUAAAGAAGAGACGAUACCAGUAUCUCAAAAAUCUACUCCAUCAGAAGGUUCUAGGAAGAUGUCUGAGAACAAGAGUGCAGAAAAGAAGUUGGACGAGGAAACAAAUAGUUCAAUAGCCUAUGGAAGCAAUGGGACACCAAAAAAGUUGAGCAAGGGAAUGAAUGGGGGUGCCAAACCAGAAAGAGGUUCAACAUCCCUGCAAAGUAACGGUUCAGCCAAAAAGUUGAGCAAGGAAAUGAACAAGGGUUCAGAAAGAGGUUUUGUCCAGGACUGUGGCAAUGAGAAAAUUUUGGGUGAGGGUACUGGAGUAAAAAUGUCCAGAAGUGCUGCUAAUCAAGAUAAAAGGAAGUUAAAUAAGGAUGUCGCCCCAACAACAUCCGAGACGUUUGCAGCACCACAAAGGAAAGACCAACCUAAUUCUGACAAACUGAGAAGCAAUUUGACCCGGAGCACAGACAAGAACAAGCAAGAAAAUGUUGAUCCUUGGUGGUCAAGGCUUCCAUAUGUUCUUGUCAUUUUGAUGCAAAAAGGUAUUGGUAGUGAAGCGCAACGGGGAUUCUAUAACAUAGGGCUCUAUACUGAUGUAGAGAAGCAGUCAUACUCAUCCUACACUGUUGCUUUUGAAGAUCAGAAUGAUGCUAAGAACUUUAGUUAUCUUCUGGAAUUAGCUUUUGAGGAUCUCCCAGAUGCUGCUGUAGAUGUAGCACCACUGUCAAACAAGGAUUUUAAAGAAGUAGCAGAAUCACUGGACAACAAAGUAAUUGUUCUAAAGAAGGGAGAGUUAAAGCUUUAUGCUGGUCAACCACUUGCUGAUGUUGAGGCUGCUCUGAGGUCAUUGGUGAAAUGAGCAUCGAUCGCUUGUGUGACUGACCACAUUUUUUGUUAGAGGAAUGUAAAUCGGUUGCACCUAUCACCAUCAUAAUCAUCAAGUAUGGUUCUGCAUAGGCCAUUUUUGCUGUGGGUUCAUGUGGUUAGCUCUUCUGAAAUUUUGGGCACUUCAGAGAGCACAUAGCAUGAUCGGAGUUGUGGACAAUUCCACUAAGGAAGCCAUUGUCCUGGACAGCCAUUUCAUUUUGAGCUUGGAUGGCACUUCUGAUGCUAAGAACUUGUAGUAAAUGGCAAAGUUUUGUAGUUGAAGGUUUUUUUAGGGGUGUAGGACACUCUUUUUUCCUUUUUGGUGCAGAGGGUGUAGGACAUGUAGGUGAAGGUAUAUGCUGAUUGAUUUAAUGUAAUUACUCGAUUGAUGGUAUUGGUCCUGCAAUUGUGCACAUUUAGCUCAUUUCUGUUUUAGAACAGUUACUAAGAUGAUUCUUUAAUUUAGGGUUUUCUUAAGGUAUUCAUGUAUAACAACAUUUCUAUAAUGAUUAUUUCUCUUCUUUUUACUAA